AUGUCAACCUUGGCCUCCUGCAUCAAAGAUGGGAAACAUGAAGUAACAAGAAAGAAAAAUACAGAAGAAAACCAACACUACAAAGAUGAAACGCACAUUCAGGAAUCUGAAAAGCAUCACUAUGAAGACGAAGGAAGCCAGGAAACAGAGAAGCAUGGAGGAGAGCAAUAUGAGGCAGACGAACGAGAUGAAGGUGAAAGUGAGGAACAAAAGCAUUUCAAACAAGCCAAUGGUGAAGAAAGAAACAGUGAAGAUGACAGCAGGGGAGUAGAAGAUUUCAAACCAUUCAAAAGCCCCCAUCAAGUGAAAGACCUCAGAAAUGACCACACUGGCCAAGAGCACUUUAGCUAUGAAGAAAGAAGAUAUGCAGAUGAUCAAAUUGAAGACGAUGAAGAAGAAAAACACAGGAAACGAAGACACAGUGAGGAGGAUAGUGGGCAAGAACAAAACAGUCCAUCAAAAACAGAUGGUUCUGAGCUUACAAGCCAUGGAUUCCAUCAAAAAUGGCCUCAUGGAUAUGACAAAGGAAAUGAGGAGUCGUCUAAGGAAGAUAAGACAAUUGGUUUAGGUGGACAGUCAGAUGAAAAAAGACAUAGUACUGGAGAAAGGGACAGCCACCAAGAGAUGGAUGGGUCUGAGGAAGAUCUCAAUAAUCAAGACAAAAGAAAUGGCUAUUAUGGCCGUAAGAAAGCUGAGUCUGAAGAGUCAGAAGAGAAUGAUAGUGAAGAAAGAGAAAAACUUCUUCAUGAUCACAUAUAUUACCACAAAAGAAACAGCUACAGUCAUUUCGAUGAGGAUAGGAGGAGUCCCCACCAAGAUGAGAAGAAUGCUGAUAAAUCUGAAGAAACCAGUAAAGAACUGGAACACAUCAAGAACAUUCAUAAUUACCUGAAGGGAAAUAACAUUCAGGAAGCAUAUGGGAAAGGCAAGAAUCAUUAUGAGCAUAUAGUAGAUGGACACAUGAGGAGUAACUCAGAAGAAUCAGUGGAGGAAGAACAUUACCAUGGCAAAAGUACCCACAGUGAAGAAAAAGUACAGUCCAGUGAAGAAAAGAAGCACCGUAGCAUAGAGGAGAAAAAGAGACAUUAUGAUGGGAACAAGAGACACAGUGAAGAGGAAGAGCCAGAGAAGGAUGUGGAAAAUAAACAUCACAGUGAGGAAAUGAGACAUUAUAGUGAAGAAGAAAAGAGACAUAUUCACAAUGAAAAAUGGCUCCGAACUGAUGAAAGUGCAGAAGAGAAAUUUGCCAACAAUGAAGAAGACGAAGAAGUAGAGAGAAAUACAAAACACUUGCCGAGAAUGCAGAAGGUUUGGUGGCAGAUAAAGCAUAGCAUGGAGGACAGAACCCCUGGCAGGGAAGAAGAAAUGAAGCACAGGGAGGAAAGCUACUACUAUCCAGAAUAUGAAGGUCAUGAUGGUAAAUGGGAAAAGAAGCAUGUGAAAAAAUAUGAGAAUGAAGACCAGGGACAGGAACAGGAAGAUAAUGAAGAACAUGCAUCAAGACAACAUUUUGCCCAUGAUUUGGAUGAGAAAAAGAUGUAUAAUAGAAUGGACAAGCUGGCACAAUAUUUGAAAUCUAAGAAAAAAUCAUUUGAAAUCCCAGAACUUUAUGAUUUUGAAGAAAAUGAAAAGCAACACCAUGAAGAUAAAAGAAGGAAUAUGAAUCAUAGGAUGCUGACCAAAGAAGAGGAGAAGGAACUGGAGAAUUUGGCAGCUAUGGACUUGGAACUGGAGAAAAUGGCAGAAAAGCUACAUGGAAGUCAAAGAAAUUAA